UUCUUCCUUUUCCUCACAAACUUGUCAAAUUCUUCAUUGAUUAAUUUUUCAUGCCAUAUGCUUCUAAUGCACGUGUACCCUUUCCUAUUGCCAUGCUAUAACCAUAGACAACUACAUCAAUACCCUUAAUAUAUAGAUCAUAUUUUGGGCAUCAUAUUUAUGGUUGAGGUCCCCACGCCAUGCCACCCAUGUUCCAAACUGAUACCACUUUCAGCUCUGAAACAAAACAAACUAAUGCAUGUUUCCAUUACACUGCUAACUCUAUCUUUUUUCAAUACUAAAGUAAUCAUAUAUCCCUCAAGUUUAUCAAGUUCUCUCUCUCUAUAACUCCCUCUUCUUGGAAGAGAGAUUCUGCAAACCACUAGUUUUCUAAAAGAUGAAACGUAUGGAUAUCUUCUGUGCGUCUGAAGCCUCAACAGCCAUAUGCCUCAGCACGGAUCUAGCCUCAUGCUCGUCAUCUUCUUCCAACACCAUUCUGCUUGGAGGCAGAGUCAUUGACCGCCACAACCCCAUUAUCAAUGACUCAAGAAGGAGCACUUCCAAAUCUCUCACUGCCCCAUGUUCCUCUUCUCACUCACCCAUCAACCCCAAGCCUUACCAUGAGCUCCACAAGCCCAACAAAAACUCUUCUUCCAAGGGCCAUGAAAAUCACAAGAAGAAAAACACACCACAAAACCCCACCCAACAUCUCACCAACUCUUCUAAACCAGUUGAUACCAUUGUGGGUAGGAGUUCGCUUAAGCCAUCUUCUGCUUCAACUAGAUCUUUGCUUGCUGCCUCCUCCUUAUUGGAUUCUUCUUCACAUUAUGAUCCAGUUUUGGGUCUAACCAGAACUUCUCAAGUUGUUUAUCAAGAUGAAAACGUUCCUGUUUCUAAACUUUCUACCUCUUCUCAUCCAAAAUCUCGUUCCUCAGACCAGGUUGUGGUAUUGAGAGUAUCUUUGCAUUGCAAAGGCUGUGAAGGGAAAGUGAGGAAACAUCUUUCCAGAAUGCAAGGAGUUACUUCCUUCAACAUAGAUUUUGCUGCAAAGAAGGUGACAGUUGUUGGGGAUGUGACUCCAUUGAGUGUCUUGGCUAGCAUAUCAAAGGUGAAAAAUGCACAAUUAUGGCCAGCAACUGCAUCAGCUACUGUUGAAACAAAGUAAUAAAGAGGGAACUAGAAUAUUCAUAUUCAUGUAUCCUUCACCCUGCAAUUUAAUUAUUGUAAAUGCAAAUGUUAGCAAGGUAGGAAAAACCAAGAUAGAAUUUUGGAGAAAAAUUAUCAAGUUCACCAUUUCUCUAAUUACAAAUAAAUUUAGCAAUAUCUCAACAUUUAUUAUUUUCAAGUGUGACUUGUGAAGUUCACAUGUUAGUAUUCAUGGACUUCACAUGUAAGUAUAUAUGUUUUUAUUAUUAAGAAGUUAACUGUUUCUAUUUUUUUAUGCA